AUGGACAUUUAUCAACAGGAGGGAUUAAUGUCUGAUUCCUGGCAGGCAUCAGAUGACCUCCUGGAGAAUAUUUUCUCUCUGGAUCAGGGAUCAUUCAACUUUUUGGAGGAAGCACUGCCUGAUUUAAACUUGGGACCGGACUAUGGAUCACAACCUGAAGGGCUCAGUAGCUCUUGUUCAGACAGUGGAUUAUCAAGUGAUCAAGCUGAAUUUGACUUCGAGCAGCAACUUUCGCCAUUCCUCAUACAAAACUCUUGCGAUGAAGAAGUAGUACAACCAGCCCUUAAGCCUAUGAGCCCGGAGAACGGUCAGGAUGUGAUCAUCCAGGACAGCAACGAAGUAUCGAACAGUUCCAUCGAGUCAGUCGAAGAAGCUAUCGAUAUGCUGGACUUUGAACAGAACGUCGUGCCCGGAUUCUUAAAUAAAAAUACAUUCCAAAGCCCCGGUAAAGGUAACAGAAAACGCCGUCUCUCCCUAACCCCGCAAGUCGUCGUCCAACCGAAAGUGCAAAAGCCCUCUAUCAGAAUACCCGUGAACAAUGUACAAAAACCCCAAUUAGUAGUGAAAGCCCAGCCUCAGAAGCCCGUUAAAGUGACUAACGUUCAGGUUAUAAACCCGCAACCCACAAAAGUUUACUCAAAACCUGUGGAGUCGGUUGCACCCCAGCGAAGAGUGAUAAGGGUUGCACCUAUGGCCGGAAACCCGCGUUCGAUCCUCUUACCCGUGACGAUUAAAGACAUGAAGGACCUGAAAUCGAUAAAAAUAAUAAACGCAGCCGAUUUGAAGAACGCGUCGAACAUCAAACUAGCGGCCGCAAAUUUACUGUCGCAAAGAAAACUACGAGAUCUUAAAGAGGAAACGCGAAGUGACUACGACUACGAACAUGGCGGCAAUCAUUGCGAUGAUUCUGGAAGUGAUCGAAGCGAAGACGACGAAACGGAUCAUAAAGAAAGCAAAGUUACGGACGCUAGAAACGGCUAUCCCCGUCUCGUUCUCACAGCCGAAGAAAGGCGGUUGUUAGCAAAGGAGGGAAUAUCGCUCCCCACCAGCUAUCCGCUAACCAAACACGAGGAAAGGGAAUUGAAGAGGAUCCGACGUAAAAUCAGGAAUAAGAUCUCAGCUCAAGAUUCCCGUAAGCGCAAGAAGGAAUAUGUUGAUGGGCUUGAAGACAGGGUGAAACAAUGCACGGCGGAAAACCAGACCUUAAUGAGGAGAAUAAAAAUGCUGCAAACUCAAAAUCAGACGCUCACGGCCCAGUUGAAGAGGAUACAGAGCGUGUUGACGGGCGUAACCAACGGGUGCAGCGGCAAGUCAGCGCAACCGGCGACGUGCCUGCUGGUGCUGCUGCUGUCCGUGGCGCUGGUGGCGCUGCCGUCGGUGGAGCUGCGGCCGCGCCACGACGCGGCCAAGGCGCACGCGCACGCGCACGCCACCAACAACGCGCACGCGUCCCCCGCCAUUACGCGUGCUCUCUUAUCUGCCGCUAACAAAAUGGCCCUCGAAGAAACCGUAAUUGAUGACGGAGAAUUCAACAUGGACGACCUGAUCACUUUCAACCGGCCACAUCUGGACCACGACUAUCAAAUCGUCAAGAACCUCGACUCCAACAAGCCGCUGCCCGGUGGUUACGUGGACCUUCCAAUAGACGAAGACUGGCCGCCCAACUUGAAGAAGAGAAUGAAAAAACUUGAAUUCGAUUACGACGACGGUAGAGAUUACUUACCGCCAAUCGUAAAGGACGAGAACUAUGAGAACAUUUACAAAUUAAACUCUAAAGUCGACGAAAGCGAAAUGAAGCUAUUCGACAAAGAGUUUAUUAAUAGCGCUUUGCUUUCGACGAGCCGCAAAAUCGGAGAACUGCUUGACGCCUUCCCUCCAAUACCCGUGAACAACGAAGACCUUGUUAUAGAAGAAGUCACAGAUUAUGACUCUAGAAACGCUAGUGAAGUUAAGAAUUUCGUCGUCAAUGGCAACGUCAAUGAAUUCUAA